AUGUGUUCAGUAAACAAGACGGAACUAACCGAUGAGCUACGGAACGUUCACGCUGGCUGUUCUCUGACCAUAGCUGUGCUUGGAACUCUGGGUAAUGCCAUGUCGGUGUCGCUGAUCUGCAAGGCCAGGCUUUACAAAGCUUCUCCGAUUAUGAUGCUGAUCUUGGACCUGUGUGUGUCCAAUGCACUGAGUACCACAAUCAUUCUUCCCAUCAUCACUGCCACCAGCAUCUACCGCCAGUGGGUAUUUGGGAAAGUCUUUUGCAAAGCAUUUGGCUAUCUAAUGUAUGUGACACUAAUGGCUGAAUGUUUAAUCCUUACGAAUCUAACGGUGUGUCAGUAUCUCACGAUUGUCCAUCAGGUCUCAAUCAAAGCAUUUACUCUUAACCGUCACACACAUCUUCGUCUCUUUGCCUUGGUGGGUCUGCCGUGGGUCAUAGCAAUACUCGUCUUUCUUGUCCCACUAACUGACACGUGGGACACAUUUGGAUAUGAAUAUAAGACAGGAUACUGUUCUUUAAUCAAGGUGGACAGAGGUAUUGGAUUUAAGACCAUCCUUGCUUUUGCUGUGAUCUGCAUCAUGACAGCUGUCACCUUCUACUGCUACUCUGCCAUUCUGAUCAUCUACAUGAAAUCCCGCAGAAGGAUUCAACAGGGACACCAAUCACAGGCUCCAAAAUUUCAAGGCUACACCAAAAAAAUCCUGCUCAUGAUCUCGGCCAUCCUGAUCAACUAUAUCGUCACUUAUCUCCCCUUCCUGGUGUCGAGCACUGUUGACCCCUGCCGGGGUCAUACCUCCUUGCCAGUGCACACAGUUAUGAUCUACGUAUCCUGGUCGCAUUCCGCAAUAAAUCCUGUCAUUUACGCUCUAUUGAACAGGAAAAUAAAAGUUUUAUGGUGCAAUACUUUACAUUCACUUCCAUCUAUCUCACGCUUCACCUCUAAAAAUACCUCAGACGAGCGCAGAGGAACUGAACCAGGAUAA